AUGACUAGUUUUGAACAAAAUUCUAGGCUACUACAACGAAUAAAAGAGUUAGAAUUGGAGAAUGAGAUUCUACGAGGGAAAAUUUCAAAUGAUCAAACGACAAUCAAAGAAUUCCCUAAAAUAGACAGUAACUUUAGUUUGGAUGAGUAUAAAAGAUAUGGUAGACAAAUGAUUGUCCCUGAAUUUGGAUCAUUGAGUUCACAAAUAAAACUAUCAGACUCAAUAGUUUUAGUGGUCGGAGCUGGUGGCUUAGGAUCACCUGCGUUACAAUAUUUAUCUGCGGCGGGAAUUGGAUCUAUUGGAAUCAUUGAUGAUGAUAUAGUGGAUACUAGUAACUUGCAUAGACAAAUCAUUCAUAGCACUUCCACAGUAGGAGAGUUCAAAUGUGAGUCGGCCAAAUCAUUUAUCACGAAAUUAAAUCCUCAUGUUCAUGUUACUACAUAUCCUACAAAACUAAGUAAUGAAAACGCAUUUGAGAUAAUAGAGCAAUAUGACUUAGUUUUAGAUUGUACAGAUCAUCCAGCUAUAAGAUAUCUUAUCAAUGAUGUUUGCGUCUUGUUAGGUAAAACGAUAGUUAGCGGAUCAGGACUAAAAUCGGAUGGUCAAUUUACUAUUUUAAAUUUUGAAAAUAUUGGCCCUUGUUAUAGAUGUUUUUAUCCGCAACCUCCAAAUCCUUCAACUGUUACUUCAUGCUCAGAUGGUGGUGUGAUAGGUCCAGCUAUUGGACUAGUGGGCACGGCAAUGGCGAUGGAAGCUAUCAAGAUUUUGACGAAGUUUUAUACUAAAGACAAUUUUAAACCAUUUUUAGCAUCUUACUCCGCAUAUCCCAAUCAACAGAUACGUACGUUCAAGAUGAGACCCAAACAAGAGAACUGUCUCGUAUGUGGGAGGAAAAAAUCGAUUACUAAAGAGCAGAUCAAAAACGGUGGCAUAAAUUAUGUUGAAUUCUGUGGUAAGGUGGUUAUUGAUCCGAUUGAUGAGAAAUAUAGAAUUUCUGUGCAAGAAUAUAACGAUAAGAUAAAGAAUAAACAACGACAUACAUUGAUUGAUGUGCGACCAAAGGAACAAUAUCAUAUAACAAAUUUGCCUGGUUCCAUCAAUAUUGAAUGGGACCCUACAUUCAGAAAGCUAGACUCUUUGGAAGAAUACAUGGACUCAAUUAAUAAGACAGAUGAUAUUUAUUUAAUUUGUCGAUUUGGUAAUGAUUCGCAACUAGCCGCUAAAAAAUUAAUAGAUAUGGGAUAUAAAAACGUGAAAGAAUUAAAAGGAGGUCUCAACAAAUGGACAGAUGAAAUUGAUCAAAAUAUACCAAAAUAUUAA